UAUAAAAAAGUAAUAGGUUAAAUCUAUUAUAAUCUAGUUUUUGACUAAAAUCAGUGAUCAUGAUUAAAUCGUUUGCUGAUUUAAUACCGGUAAAGUAUAGAGAUGUGGGUAAUAAGGGUGGCGUAAAGCACCUGAACCUCAAUGAACAACAAUUACUAGAUUUUGAGAUCCGAGACCUACCGGUGCCGCCAAUUGUAGCCAACCCUCACGUGCCGGAUGUGGUGGACAUCGUUGAGCGUGAGAUCAACGAAUGUCUGGACAAGCCAUGGAGGGACCGAAUGAACAUGUCCAUUUUUCAGGCUUAUAUGUUCACCACGAGCGAUCGAGAACUAUUUGCUGCCAUAGCGUUUGUGCAAAUAUUUGGCUUUUUUGUUGAUGAUCAAUUAGAUAAAGUUCGAGAUAAGUCAGUGAUUAACGAUUGGUAUAAAAAGUUUAAGACGGGUCAAAGUGAAGAUAAUACACCGUUGGAUCGUUUGCUGGUCAAAGCCCGGCGUUAUGUCAAUCAGUACCUGAGCCCGGAUCAGGCGGACAGACAUAUUAAAUACAUACUGAGCUAUAUUGACACCUAUCACACUCGUAUUGAUUAUAAAAGUUCCGACACCGGCGACGUAAUGACGUAUGAUCAGUUUCUCACAUUU